AUGCAACAAAAAGCUUUCAUCAAGCUGUUGGGCUUACAGUACAAAAUUCUGUACAAGAAGGGUUUGGAAAACAAAGCUGUAGAUGCUCUUUCCAGGCAAGCUGAGCCUUCAUCUCUAGCUGCUUUCACUGCAAGCACUCUUAAGUUGUUGGAAAUCAUUUUGGAAGGCUAUCAACAAGAUGACCAAACCAAACAGUUGCUCACUGAGCUCAGUAUUACUGGUUCAAAUGACAAAGGCUUCACUCUCAGUGAUGGACUUAUCAAGUACGAAAACCGUAUUUGGUUGGGGAACCACAAGGAGGCGCAACAGGCCGUCUUACUGGCUCUCCAUUCCAGUGGCCUCGGUGGACACAGUGGCAUCACUGCUACUUAUCAGAAGGUUAAAUCCCUCUUUGCUUGGUCCAAUAUGAAGCAAUUUAUCACAGAUUAUAUUAAUGCUUGUGAGCACAACUUGGCUCGAGCACAACAACGAAUGCAACAUCAGGCUGAUAAGCACCGUCAAGAAAGGUCUUUUGAUGUUGGGGAUUGGGUAUAUGUUAAACUGCAACCACACAUUCAGCAGUCAGUCCAGUGUCGAUCUAAUCAGAAGCUCAAUUAUAAGUACUUUGGGCCUUACCUUAUUCUGCAAACUGUAUUGGCUGAACGCCUAAAUCUUGUUGGUCGUCGUGUUAUUCCUACUGUGCUUGUGCAGCGUGAAUCAUGCCCGGAGCAUUGGGCGACCUAG